AAUGCGUCAUGAGGCGGAAUACGGAAGCAUUGGAGCUCCAAUUUACUGCAGGUUAGCACCAGUAAGCAGGUAUGCUGUGAAACAGGUAUGCUGUGAAACAGGUAUGCUGUGAAACAGGUGUUUUGUGAACCCUCUUUUCCGACGUCUGACAGACACAGACACAGCCAUGUCUCAGAGGGACCUGAAGGAAGCAUUUGUCAGUAAUCUCAACGGGACCAGUCUGCAGGAGGUGGCCCUGGGCUCAUUCCUCACUCCGCUGUGCCUCAUCAGCAGAGGACUGCUCUUGACCCUGUAUCAUCUGGCCAGGGGGACUCUUCCGCUGCCACUUCCCCUGAUUUCUCACCUGCUUCUAGACUUCUGUGUUCUUAUCCUUCCCCUCGUCCUGUCAUGCACCGUUCUGAGCAACGAUCUUCACCAGGUCAUCCUGAGCCUGGCCUUUGUCACGGCUGGUGUAUUUUUCUAUCUCUAUCGUAUCAACCAUCAUCGCUCUGCUCGGCACCCACAGAACACUGUCAGCACCUUCCUUCAGAGUCACGUUCAAUUUAACCAGCUACCCUUUGUGACCAUCUUUCGAGUCUUUGUGAAUGUGAAAACAGCCAUCAGCAUUCUUGCCGUAGACUUUAGUGUCUUCCCAAGGCGAUAUGCUAAAACUGAAACCUAUGGGACAGGGGUUAUGGACUUUGGCGUUGGAGCGUACGUCUUUGCAAAUGCCCUUGUCUGUCCGGAAGCACGGGGGAAGAACAUCUCCGGAUCCAAGAUGAAUCACAUCGCAAAGCAGCUCCUGUCUGUCUGGCCUCUGGUGGUUCUUGGUAUGGGAAGGCUAGUGAGCCUCAAAAUGUCUGGCUACCACGAGCAUGUGACAGAAUAUGGCGUCCACUGGAAUUUUUUCUUCACACUAGCCAUCGUCAGAGUUGUGGCCUCUGUGCUUUUGGCCGUUUUUCCAGUCAGUUGGUCAUGGGUCAUUGCCCUUUUGAUCAGCGGAUUUUAUCAGUUCACUCUGGAGACAUCAGAGCUGAAGGCUUUCAUUAUCCACAACAACGACAGGGAAAAGGGCUUUCUGCAUGCUAACAAGGAGGGCAUAUUCUCUGUAGUGGGCUAUGUAGCCAUCUACAUGGCAGGAGUUCAGGUUGGACUCUAUGUGAUGCAACCGAGAUCCAACGUUAGACAGUGGUUCAAAACACUUUUUAACCUUUUUUUAGGAAGUUUUGUUCUGUACACUGCUUUGUUCACAUGUCAGGCAUUUGUGGAGCCAGUGUCUCGCCGCUUAGCUAAUUUACCUUUCUUCCUCUGGAGUGUUGCUCAGUCUAUGUUUUUUAUGUCCUGCCUUGGUAUGGCUGAUAUGUUUUUACUGUUUUCCAAAAGAACAUCAGGCUGUCACCUUGUACCCUCAUCUUGGAAUCCGCACAAAAAAGAACAAGACUUAGUCUCAGACAAAAAGACAGGCGAGGUAGAAAGACACUGUCUUGUUCAAGCUGUCAGCAGGAAUCAGUUGUUGUUUUUUCUGCUUGCAAAUGUCUUUACAGGAUUGACCAACUCAAUAGUGGACACACUUGUUUGCAGCAACUCAUUUUCUCUGUGUGUUUUGAUGUCGUACAUGUUCGUGAAUUGCUUUGUAAUAAGUGUUUUACAUCAUUACGGAAUUACAGUGAAAUUCUGGUAAAAUUGCAUUAAUAAAACUACAAGGUUCAUUUGGGUAUUUUGAAGAUUUUUGUGGGUCUGGAGUCAAAUUCUGAAAACUGACUAUAUUGUGUUUAUUUAUGCAAAUAAAUGUUUUUCUUGAUAAAAUGCUGUGUCCAGAUAAGUGAAGACUUGGACUACAAUAUACUGUUAAGCCAAACACGGAGUGUUCUCACUGUAAAUUAUUUUCAUUUGUCUUUGUGUAUUUAAAAACUGUUUGUUGUUGCUAAAAAAAACCCUCGCAUUCUGCUUAUAUGGGAUUGGCCUGCGGCAGAAGUGACAUCAGAUAUACUAGGAUUUUAAGACUUCGUAAAAGGGAAAACUCCAUUUCAAAUGAUGCUGCAAUAUAUUUACAUAUCUAACAUUUUAAAUAAA